GGGACCCGAGUCCGGGGCGGGGCGACCGUGGGGCGGGCCGACCGUCGGCCCAGAGAGCAGCGGUCGGCGACCGGCGGCGGGAGAUCGCGGGUGAGGGGAACGCAGCGCUCGCUGGUUGGGGAGAUCGGCGCUCGGCCGGGUGAGCGUGAGCCUGGGAGAUGGCAGUGAUGGAACUGGCCUGCCCAGGCGCCCCUGGCUCCGCAGUCGGGCAGCAGAAGGAGCUUGCCAAAGCCAAGGAGAAGACACAGGCAACGGGGAAGAAGCAAAGCUCUAUCAACAACCUCGAGGCCGUGGAGAAGAGCCCUGUGUUCUGUGGGAAGUGGGACAUCCUGAACGAUGUGAUUACCAAAGGCACAGCCAAGGAAGGCUCCGAGGGAGGGCUGGCAGCCAUCUCCAUCAUUGCCCAGGCCGAAUGCGAGAAUAGCCAAGAGUUCAGCCCUACCUUUUCAGAACGGAUUUUCAUCGCUGGGUCGAAACAGUACAGCCAGUCUGAGAGUCUUGAUCAAAUCCCCAACAAUGUGGCCCAUGCAACCGAGGGCAAAAUGGCCCGUGUGUGUUGGAAGGGGAAGCGUCGCAGCAAAGCCCGAAAGAAACGCAGGAAGAAGAGCUCAAAGUCGCUGGCUCAGGCAGGAGUGGCCUUGGCCAGACCCCUCCCCAGAACCCCCGAGCAGGAGAGCUGCACGGUCCCAGUGCAGGAGGAUGAGUCUCUGCUAGGAGCCCCGUAUGUUAGAAACGCCCCACAGUUCACCAAGCCUCUGAAGGAUCCAGACCUUGGCCAACUCUGUUUUAAGAAAGUAGGGGAGGGCCUACGGCCAGCACUGCCUCGAUCAGAACUCCACAAACUCAUCAGCCCCUUGCAAUGUCUAAACCACGUGUGGAAGCUCCACCACCCCCAGGACGUAGGCCCCCUGCCCCAGCUCGCUCACCCGUUCCCCUACAGCAGACUGCCCCAUCCAUUCCCUUUCCACCCUCUGCAGCCCUGGAAACCUCACCCUCUAGAGUCCUUCUUCUUAGGCAAACUGGCCUGUGUAGACAGUCAGAAGCCCCUGCCUGGCCCACACCUGGGCAAACUGGCCUGUGUAGACAGUCAGAAGCCCCCGCCUGGCCCACACCUGGAGCCCAGCUGCCUGUCUCGUGGCACGCGUGAGAAGUUUUCGGUGGAAGAAUACCUGGUGCACGCUCUGCAAGGCAGCGUGAGCUCAGGCCAGGCGCACAGCCUGGCCAGCCUGGCCAAGACCUGGUCGGCAGGGGGCUCCAAGCCCCAGGAGCGCAGCCCCGUAACUGAGGACAGUGAGGGGGUCCUGCUUACUGAGAAACUCAAGCCAGUGGAUUAUGAGUACCGAGAAGAGGUCCACUGGGCCACGCGCCAGCCCUGCCUGGGCAGAGGCUCCUUCGGAGAGGUACACAGGAUGGAGGACAAGCAGACCGGCUUCCAGUGUGCUGUCAAAAAGGUGCGAGUCGAAGUGUUUCGGGCAGAGGAGUUGAUGGCGUGUGCAGGAUUGACCUCGCCCAGAAUUGUCCCUUUGUAUGGAGCUGUGAAGGAAGGUCCUUGGGUCAACAUCUUCAUGGAACUGCUAGAAGGUGGCUCGCUGGGCCAGCUCAUAAAGCAGAAGGGCUGUCUGCCAGAGGACCGGGCCCUUUACUACCUAGGCCAGGCUCUGGAAGGGCUGGAAUACCUCCAUACCCGAAGGAUUCUGCACGGAGAUGUCAAAGCUGACAAUGUGCUGCUGUCCAGCGACGGGAGCCGUGCCGCCCUCUGCGACUUUGGCCAUGCUGUGUGCCUUCAACCUGAUGGCCUGGGGAAGUCCUUGCUCACAGGGGACUACAUCCCUGGCACAGAGACCCACAUGGCUCCAGAGGUGGUGAUGGGCAAGCCCUGUGAUGCCAAGGUGGACGUCUGGAGCAGCUGUUGCAUGAUGCUGCACAUGCUCAACGGCUGCCACCCGUGGACCCAGUACUUCCGAGGGCCGCUCUGCCUCAAGAUUGCCAGUGAGCCUCCGCCUGUGAGGGAGAUCCCACCCUCAUGUGCCCCACUCACAGCCCAGGCCAUCCAGGAGGGGCUGAGGAAAGAGCCUGUCCAGCGAGCGUCUGCGGUAGAGCUGGGGGAAAAGGUCAGCCUGGCACUGCAGCAUGUGGGCGGUCUGAGGAGUCCUUGGAGGGGAGAGUAUAAAGAGCCAAGACGUCCACCGCCAUACCACGACCACCCACCGCCAAGCCCAGCCCCCUCUCACCAGACCCUAUGUGCCCAGCCCAGGGAGCUCUCGCCAGGGCCCCCGGGGCCCCAGCCAGCUGAAGACACAACAGGCAGGGCCUGCAAGCUCCAACCUCCUCUACCCCCAGAGCCCCCGGAGCGGAACAAGUCUCCGGGCCUGAACUGGGGCAAGGAGGAGUCAGGGACAUGGGAACCCUUGCCUCUGUCGUCCCUGGACCCGGCCCCCGCCAAAAACCCCAGCUCGCCAGAGCGGAAAUCAACCUUCCCCGAGCAGGAACUGCAGCAGCUGGAAAUAGAAUUAUUUCUGAACAGCCUGUCCCAGCCGUUCUCUCUAGAGGAACAGGAGCAAAUUCUCUCGUGCCUCAGCGUUGACAGCCUCUCCCUGUCAGAUGACAGUGAGAAGAACCCGUCAAAGGCCUCUCAGAGCUCACGGGACACCCUGAGUUCUGGCGUGCACUCGUGGAGCAGCCAGGCAGAGGCUCGAAGCUCCAGCUGGAACAUGGUGCUGGCCCGCGGGCGGCCCACCGACACACCGAGCUAUUUCAAUGGUGUGAAAGUCCAAAUACAGUCUAUCAACGGUGAACACCUGCACAUCCGGGAGUUCCACCGGGUCAAGGUGGGAGACAUCGCAACUGGCAUCAGCAGCCAGAUCCCGGCUGCAGCCUUCAGCUUGGUGACCAAGGAUGGGCAGCCUGUACGCUAUGACAUGGAGGUGCCAGACUCGGGCAUCGACCUGCAGUGCACCCUGGCCCCUGAUGGCAGCUUCGCCUGGAGCUGGAGGGUCAAGCAUGGCCAGCUGGAGAACAGGCCCUAACCCAGCCUUCUGCUACUGGCUCCACUCUGCCAGAAGCAGCCUUCCUUCUCGGUGCUCAGUGCUACCCCUGAGACACAGGCUCAGCCUGCUCCCAGGGACCUGCCACCCCCUGGCUCAGCAGUGGGAUCAGGGGCUAGCAGCGGCAAAGUAGGAGCCAGCAAAACGCCUCCCAGGAUUUCCCACCUGAGUGCUGCCUGACCCCACCAAGAGAACGCCCCAUGCCCACAUGAGGAGGAGGAGGAAGGCAGGAGGCCUCUUCCCACAGGGAACAGAGGGGUCCUCUCUGCCCUGGUCCAAACAAGCUGGCCUGACCUAUUGGAUCAGUGACCACUUGCUGGCAGUCAGGGGAGAGUAGCUUCCGGGCUGUGUCUGGGAGAGGUGGGAGAGCCCCUCGGCCUCCAGGCACGUGUGAGGGUGGCGGGUGUCUAAGGACCCACAUCCAGGUCCAGUACAGGAGCGGGGCGGCAAGUGUGCCUGCCCUUGGACUAAUGGGGGCCCUCUGACCCCGUGUCUGGCCGUCACACCCCCUUUUAGAUCUAGGAACUCUUCAGACGAAGUCAGGGAGGGUGGGAUGCUGACACUGGGACGUGUCCCUAGGAGGAUGCACCACACUUUUCAGGAUGUUGCAACACAGGUCCUGAGCUGAAUUCAGCUUCAGUCAAGGACCAAAGAAGGUGUUGAAGUGAAGUGGUUCUCAGUCCCCAAGCACGUGCCCCUUUGCUGCUGGCCACCACUCUUCACGAGAGCGGCAGCCCCCAAGCCCCACCUGCAGGCCCACACGGCUGCUGACUGGCUGGCACUCGGUUCCCCCGUCGGUAAAAGUAAAGGGGAC